GGGAGCGAGUGCUCUCAUCCUAGCUAACUGACAGUGAAAAAGGGUUCUUACAGAGGUCCUAUUGGUGGUUACUUUUACAGGACACAUUUAUGGGGCGUAAGUAAGCAGAUUCAACAAGAGCUAAAAACUUGCCGAAACCAUUUGUAGAAGAGAUAGCUUAACAUUAGAAGUCUAGUGUCAUCACUAUCCAAGGACAUGGUCUUGCCGGGAACAGGAUUACCACGGUAUAGACUGUGAUGGAUAGCGACCUAAGUGGAGACGCCACCACUGGAUCUGCAAUUUCACUGGAGAUAAGCAUCAUGGGAAGGUUCCUGUUUUGGGUCUCUCUGUAGGACUGAGCCUAUGAGUGAGCCACUAUGGGGGACUGGAACUUGUUGGGCAAGCUGUUGGAGAGUGCCCAGGAGCACUCCACCGUAGUGGGCAAGGUCUGGCUGACCGUGCUCUUCAUCUUCAGGAUCCUGGUGUUGGGAGCUGCAGCUGAGAAGGUGUGGGGUGACGAGCAGUCUGGCUUCACCUGUGACACCAAGCAGCCUGGUUGUCAGAAUGUCUGCUAUGACAAGACUUUCCCCAUCUCUCACAUCCGCUUCUGGGUGUUGCAGAUCAUCUUCGUGUCCACGCCCACUCUGAUCUACCUGGGCCACAUCCUGCACCUGGUGCGCAUGGAGGAGAAACAGAAGCAGAAGGAGAAAGACUUGGCUGCGCAGCUGGCCAUCCACAAUGACAAGCAGCAGCUGCUGCCUGACGCAAAACCCAAGAAGCCCCCAGUCCGGGACGAUCAGGGCCGCAUCCGCCUGCGAGGGGUCCUGCUGCGCACCUAUGUCUUCAACAUCAUCUUCAAGACCCUGUUUGAGGUGGGAUUUAUCGUAGCUCAGUACCUGCUGUAUGGGUUUGAGCUGAAGCCACUGUACACCUGUAACCGCUCACCCUGCCCCAACGUGGUGAACUGCUACAUCUCCAGGCCCACAGAAAAGACCAUCUUCAUCCUCUUCAUGCUGGCAGUGGCGUUCAUCUCGCUGCUACUGAACCUAGUCGAGAUGUAUCACCUGGGGUUCACCAAGUGCCGCCAGGGCCUCCGGUAUAGACGUGCCCAGUCCACAUUUGAGGCAGGGUACAAGGCCCCCAGCGAGGCAGUAGUGCCCUUUGUCCCGAACUAUAACUACUUCCCCAGGCACCAACCAGCCCCUGAGCCAUACCAUGCAGAUGAGUACAUCUUGACUGAGCCUGACACUGCCUACCACCCCUACAGCAGCAAAGUGGCUUACAAGCAGAACAGAGAUAACCUGGCCGUAGAGAGGAACAGUAAACCAGAAGGGGGUGACACCACAGAAAAUAAAGGUUCCAAUUCUGCUCCAGGGUCGCCUGCAGAGAACCAACGGCGUCCGAGUCGAUCCAGCAAGCACAGCAAUAAUAAGACCAGACUAGACGAUCUAAAGAUCUGAAGGACAGUUAUGGCUUAUUUCCACCACAGAGUUGUAUACAGUGGCUUGGCCUACAGAUCUAAACUUGUGUGUUUCCACCUGAGGUGGCAGAAAAAAAUUGUUGGGCCUUGGACCUAAUCUGACUUGGGGCCAGACUUGGGACCAGAGUGUGACUGUCGGAGAUGCAUUAAAGCUGGAAUUCUUAAUGGUGAAACUGCCACGGCUGUUUGCAAUAUUACAACAAAGAAGUUACUGCAAACAAAAAAUGUUUUUUUCCCCUUCUGACAUCAUUGCACACAUGAUAGCACAUCAGCAUAUGUAUUGGAAUGUUUUGGACAAUUUCCCUAGUAUAAAACCAAGGUGUAUACACAACACAGGUAUCAGUCCAAAUGCAGCAUUAGCUUAUUUCCACACCCUAAACAUCACCCGCACCAAAGUAGACUAGAGGCUUAGGAUCAUUUUGUUUACUUGCUCGAGGUAAACAUUUUACUCCUGAAAACAGAACUUCUCCAACUGAAAAACAUCAGAUGUUUGAGGCAUUGACGCAAUGCUGUGUCCUUUGUGCAGUGCUACAAACAGAGGUGGGCUCAUGUUCUACUUUAGUUGUUACUGUACAGAAAAAUAGCAAAAGUUGGAAGUUUUCUCCCAUUAGCCAAACAUUUGCCAUGUAGAGUAUAAUAUUCCAAAGUGUUCAAGGCAAGUUGUUUUAUGAACCCUUAUUAUGCUGAUUAUUUUGACUGGGAAUAAUGACAAAGCAAAUGCUUGUCCGUUUCAUAUCACUGUGUAAUCCUUUGGCAGACCACAUACCAGAAGGAGUUUACAUGCAGAACGCAUUUCAUUGAUUUUACAACCAUGAAUAAUGAAUUGUAUUUUUAUGAAAGAAUUUGUACAAGACAUUCUCAAU